AUGUCUUUCAAGCAAGAUUUAAAGCAGGUUCUUAAACCGUAUUAUAUAUUUAAUAUAUUAUUAAGUCUAUCCUAUGUAGCUUUGAAAAGAACACCAGGAGUAUGCAAUUAUUUAUUUGUCACAAGUGGUUGUGAAUUUGAGGGGAGAGAAACGGAAAUUUUAUUCUUUCUUAUUAUAGUUAUAGCAAUAAGGACUAGAAAAGCAGGCAGUGUUUCUAUGAUAAAUUAUUUGUCUUCUAGUUUCAUUUAUACCAAAGUGGCUAAUUUAAUUUUAUGGUUCAGUGCGGAUCUUUUUAUGGGAAUUGUCUAUGGAAUAGUGUUCAUUUUGGGAGCAUUGUUAUUUCCUGAGCCUACCUACGCAGGUCCUGACAAUGUGACAUACUUCAGAGGUGUUCAAGGACUGGAUGAAGAAUUGCAGAGAGACAAAAAGGUUACAUGGAUUGUUACCUUCUAUGCAGUUUGGAAUCCAGCCUGUGUGAACUUUGCACCAGUUUUUUCUAAACUUAGUACUAUAUAUAAUAUAGAAAAUCUGAAAUUUGGUAAAAUAGAUAUAGGGAGGUACCCAGAUGCUGGGCAGAAGUACCAUGUAAACGAUAGUAGCAUGAGCAAACAGUUACCUUCUGUAAUUUUAUUCCAAGACGGAAAAGAAGUAAUAAGGAGACCAAUGGCUGAUACUAAAGGGAAACUGAUCAAAUUCUCUUUUACUGAAGAAAAUGUUACUAAUGUAUUUGGUCUCAAAGGGUUGUAUGAGAACUGUAAAGAAGAAUUAAAGGUUAAACCUAAGAAGCAACAUUCAGCAUAA